GGGACGGGCGGGGGCGGUGUAGCCCGGCAGCCGCCAAGCCUUCCGUCUCGCUCCCUCGCUCUCCCUCUUGCUCGCUCGCUGGCUCGCGCAGCGGCGGCAGCAGAGGUCGCGCACAGAUGCGGGUUAGACUAGCGGGGGGAGGAGGCGGAGGAGGGAAGGAAGCUGCAUGCAUGAGACCCACAGACUCUUGCAAGCUGGAUGCCCUCUGUGGAUGAAAGAUGUAUCAUGGAAUGAACCCGAGCAAUGGAGAUGGAUUUCUAGAGCAGCAGCUGCAGCAACAGCAGCCUCAGUCCCCCCAGAGACUCUUGGCAGUGAUCCUGUGGUUUCAACUGGCGCUGUGCUUUGGCCCUGCGCAGCUCACGGGUGGGUUCGAUGGCCUUAACGUGUGCGCUGACCCAGGCGUCCCAGAGAAUGGCUUCAGGACCCCCAGUGGAGGAGUGUUUUUUGAAAGCUCUGUGACCCGAUUUCACUGCCAGGACGGAUUCAAGCUGAAGGGCUCUACAAAGAGACUGUGUAUGAAACACCUGAACGGGACCCUAGGCUGGGUCCCAAGUGACAGACCCGUCUGUGUUCAAGAAGACUGCCGCAUCCCCCAAAUUGAAGAUGCUGAGAUUCAUAACAAGACAUACAGACACGGAGAUAAACUAAUCAUCACCUGUCAUGAGGGGUUCAAGAUCCGGUACCCUGACCUGUACAACAUGGUCUCGCUGUGUCGCGAUGAUGGAACGUGGGAUAACCUGCCCAUCUGUCAAGGCUGCCUGAGACCUCUAGCCUCUUCCAAUGGCUACGUGAACAUCUCUGAGUUCCAGACCUCCUUCCCCGUGGGAACUGUGAUCGCCUAUCGCUGCUUCCCUGGAUUUAAACUCGAGGGUUCUGAGUACCUCGAGUGCUUACACAACCUUAUCUGGUCAUCCAGCCCACCCCGGUGCCUUGCUCUGGAAGUUUGUCCACUACCUCCUAUGGUGAGUCACGGAGAUUUCAUCUGCCACCCGAGGCCUUGUGAGCGCUACAACCACGGAACCGUGGUAGAGUUCUACUGUGAUCCUGGCUACAGCCUCACCAGUGACUACAAGUACAUCACCUGCCAGUAUGGAGAGUGGUUCCCUUCCUACCAAGUCUACUGCAUCAAAUCAGAGCAAACGUGGCCCAGCACCCAUGAGACCCUUCUGACCACGUGGAAGAUCGUGGCAUUCACAGCCACCAGCGUGCUGCUGGUGUUACUGCUCGUCAUCCUGGCCAGAAUGUUCCAGACCAAGUUCAAGGCCCACUUCCCCACCAGGGGCCCGCCCAGGAGUUCCAGCAGCGACCCUGACUUUGUGGUAGUGGAUGGAGUGCCCGUCAUGCUCCCGACCUACGAUGAGGCUGUAAAUGGUGGCUCGAGUGCCUUAGGCCCCGGGUACCUGGCCUCCAUGGGUCAGGGCUGUCCUCUGCCUGUGGAUGACCAGAGCCCACCAGCAUACCCCGGCUCCGGGGAUACGGACACGGGCCCCGGGGAGUCAGAGACCUGUGACAGCACCUCAGGCUCUUCAGAGCUGCUCCAGAGUCUAUAUUCAUCAACCCCCAUGUGCCAAGGGGGCAGCCGCCCUGCCCCGGACACCCCUGACACUAUCUCAAGCACAGCAGGGGAGGUGGCAUCGACAAGCCCAGGCAUCGACAUUGCAGAUGAGAUCCCACUCAUGGAAGAAGAGCCCUAGCCUGGUGAUGUCCUACUAAUCCCACCGUCCCCUUUGGGGACAAGAGCCUUGAACCUUGGAGUGAGGCCACAGGAGGACAGAGCUUGGGGGAGAAGGGGGCAUUUUCUGAUCUGUGUACGUGGGGACAGUGAUUCACACGGUCCAUCUCCAGCAGGGCUGUGGGUCUGAGCAGCAGCAGCGGUGGGGCUUUUAAACGAGGAUUUGUCAUGACCUGCAGGGGGCAGAGAACAGCAGGGACACUCUCCGCAUCACCCCCACGACAACACUGAGUGUCUCUCUCGCCACAGAGCGUGAGACAGUGCCACACACACCCCAUCCUGUCGCUUCUGUUGACAGCACUGCCCCUGCCCCUCCGAAAGCAUGUCACAUUGUAUAAAUUCGCUUUUAAAAUCUGCUUUGAACCAUCUAGGGACUCUAGAUCUGGACAGGCCAGCUUCUGUAGAAAACCCAUAUUGGCCUGCCAACCCAGGAGCACAUCCUUCUCUUUGCCCUUAUUAGUAAGGGACAGGCUCCCAAGGAGACACUCUCCAGGGACACUCAGACCAUCUCCUACACCUGGACAAUGGAUCAAAACAGGAUGUGGCGGUUUGAAUGGGAAAGGAAAGGAAAUAAAACAAGCCAGCGGCUCUGCUUUCUGAAAAUGUCCUCAUGCCAGGCCCCCAGCCCCCACCCCGUCCUCUCUGCUGCCCCUGGUGACAUGCAUCGGUGUUUGCAGUCGUGGUCUGGCAGUGGACCCGUGGUGUGGGAUAAACCUGUGGCUUUACGCACAGUGAGAACACACUCAGAUGUGUCUGUGGUGGACCACGUAGCCUGGUGAUGUUUGGUUUGGGCAUUUCGCAGGCUCCACUCAUGUUUCUCUGCUCAUGCCUUCCUGUGUGGGUCAUUGUAUCACAUCGCCCCUGACUCUAAAUCUUAACCAUACUUUUAUUUUCCAAAAUGGAAAGUUGUGCAAACACACCCUGAAGAAAGAAGAGAGCAUAAGUUAGAUCUUUUGCCUCUCCCUGCACCCUCCCCCCCCCCCGUUCUCUAUUUUGUCCUGCUAAAUCCAAAGGCUGGCCUCCCAGCCCCAAGCCACGCUGCCCUCUUGCUUUCAGGAUGCCCUUGGCCCUGCUUGCCUGCCAUUCUACAUCCUUACUGUGAGAGUGUCAUGGCACCCAUUGGGUGUUGUGCCUAAGCGAUUGAUUUUCAAAGAACCCAGUCUAGAAGUGUCUCUUCAAAUACAUGUUGGUCUGUGAUGUCGAUUCCGUUCCUCCUCUGGGUUUUAGGCAAAUAUAAACCAAACUCUCAUCCAUAAAAUCACCGUGCUGACAGAGCAGCGAAGGCUGGGAACUUGAUCGAGUCCUGUUUUCGCUCAACACAGACUGAUUAAAAAUUAAAAAGAAAAU